UCGCGCCGCAGCUCGGGGAGGGUGCAGGGGGGAUUGGCCUGUGUGACAAGCAGUGCGGGGCCCGCCGCUGUCACUCACUCGUCCUUCCUCCCUCGCUCUCCAGGCCCCGGAGUGCCCUCCGUGUGUCCGUGUCACCCCGCCAGCCGUCCCAGCCGCGCCCGGGCCCCGCUCGCUCACCGUGCCGGGUGUAGGAUGCUCUUGUUCGUGGAGGUUGCAUCUAAAGGUGCUGGUUUGAAUCCUAAUGCAAAAGUAUGGCAGGAAAUACCCCAAGGAACUGCUGCAGUAGCUCAAACAGUAAAUGGCAGUGAUGAGUCUUGGGAUGAUGCAUCAGCCGCAACAGGAACUGACCGUGAAGGUAAUUUAGAAAAUCUAAGUGAUACAUCCAAACAGUUUGAAGUCAUGUAUUCCCCUACUUGUGAGACUAGCAGAAAUGGUCUUAACGUGGAAGAGGCAACUGCAAAUGGAAUGGAUUUAAUGGUACCAGACGAACUUGGAUAUCAAGUGUUUGAAGUUUCAGGUGAUGGAAAUUCAACCGUUUCAGAGGGUGUUUCUGGAGAAGACUUGAAAGAAUGUCUCAAGAAGCAACUUGAGUUCUGUUUCUCAAGAGAGAAUCUUUCAAAGGAUCUUUAUUUGAUGUCACAAAUGGACAGUGAUCAGUUUGUACCUAUUUGGACGAUUGCAAACAUGGAAGGAAUCAAGAAACUUACAACUGACAUGGAUCUCAUUCUAGAAGUAUUGCGUUCUACUCCUGUGGUGCAGGUUGAUGAAAAAGGCGAGAAAGUGAGACCAAAUCACAAACGAUGUAUCAUCAUCCUUCGUGAGAUCCCUGAAACUACUCCUGUGGAGGAGGUUAAAGCACUAUUUAAUAAUGAAAAUUGUCCCAAAGUAAUAAGUUGCGAAUUUGCUCAUAAUAACAACUGGUAUGUUACAUUCCAGUCUGAUACUGAUGCGCAACAGGCUUUCAGAUAUCUACGAGAAGAAGUUAAAACAUUUCAGGACAAGCCAAUCAUGGCGAGGAUAAAAGCCAUCAACACAUUCUUCGCAAAGAAUGGAUAUCGAGCAGUGGAUUCCAGCGUGUACUCUCAACCAGUUCAGACACAAGCACAGUUUGCCUCUCCACUGUUUAUGCAGCCUGUAUAUAGUCCACAUCAACAGUACUCCAUUUAUAACAUUGUGCCUCAGACAUGGUCUCCAAACCCAGCACCUUACUUUGAAACACCACUGGCACCAUUCCCCAACAGUGGGUUUGUGAAUGGUUUUAAUUCAUCAGGAUCUUACAAAUCAGGAGCUGGAUCUUUAAGUAUAGGUCGACCAUUCCAUAGAAACCGUGUUAAGCCUCAGUUUCGAACAUCCACAAAUGCCUCGGAACGGACGACGGAGAAUAGUACACCAACUCCAGUACCUUUAACAGAUGUACCUAUAAAUAGACUCAACACCAGGGCUUUCCCAUCUGAACGAAAUACCACAUUAGGACACCAAGAUCAUGUUUUUUCUCCAAAGGAGGCACAGUCAUCACCAAUAGAACAGAAUGGUAUAGAUGGAGCUAUUCGGGGAAGGAAAAAUGUUUUUCGUGGUAGAAGACGAAGGGAAGAUGAUCGGAUUUCGCGACCCUUAACAACAAUGGAAGAAAUAACCCCAGCACCAAAGUUUGACUUAUUAGCCUCUAACUUCCCUCCUUUGCCUGGAAGUAUAGCUAGCACACCAGGAGAGCCUGUCCUUGAAAGCAGAAUGGCUGAUGUUGUCAAAGGAAUUUGCAAAGAAAAAGAAAAUAAAGAUUUGCCUGUAAAUUUAACACAUGCUCAGGAAGAACCAUCUAAAAUCACGAUUCAGCAGCCUGUAAGAUGUACAACACCCCUUACAACAGAGGAAACUCCUAUUCCCACUCCCAGCAGCACAGUUCUACAUGACAAGAAACCUACAGAAAUAUCAUGUCAUAAGGAUGUUGCAAGCCAAACCUCUGCAGUGUUACCUGUAUCUACUCCUACUUCAGUAAAACCAACUAAAUCGAACACAGCAGCGUCUACAGUUUGUGUCUCACCUGCAUUAAAUGCACAGGAGCCCAGGAAGUUAAGUUAUGCAGAAGUAUGUCAGAAACCCCCAAAGGAGCAAACGCCUGCUCCUGCCCAGCCACUUCGUGAACUACGUUCAAACAUUGCACCCACUGCCAAAAAUGAAGAAACCUCUGCUCCUGAGAAGAGUCUUGAAAAGCCCCAUGAGAAGCUUGAAGGAAAGGUAAAAGAUUCUCCAGGGCAUCGAAACAAUGGGACACCCAGAGGUGGUGCAGGUAAAAUCAGGGAACAGAGACGCCAGUUUGGGCGCAGGUCUUCACCUCAGGGAGCAACACGACGUAAUGGCAAGGAGCAAUAUGUGCCACCAAGAUCACCAAAGUAAAAAAAGUAAAAAAAUGACUUUCUGCUUAUUUAAAACCUUAAAACUGGACUGAUGUCUGCAAUGGAAGCAACUAUCUUUCUGAAUUGUUUGGCACCUGAAAGGAUUUACGUUUAGAAAAAGAAAAAAUGGGCAUAACAAAUGGAAAUCCUAAAUUCAUCUCCAAUAUAUUUGGGUUGUUUGUUUUUGUUAAUCAGUUUUUUUUUUUUUUUUUUUUUUUUGGACACUUGCAGUUAUACAAGAACAUUUAAUUCUGGGGACUCUGGAUAUAUAUUUUGUUUUUGUUUUUUGUUUUGUUUUACUUAACAUUUUAAGUUGCAGAUAUUACCUUCCUGAUUUCAGAUUCAGGGUUGUGAGAUAAAUCUAGGAAUCCCUCAGUAUAAAAUGAGGGUAAGAGAAAAUAUUUUUUUGAAAAGUAGAUCUGAAAAAAAAAUUAAAAAAAAAAUAAAAACGAAAAAAAAUUAAA